GAAGAAUUUGACAAUGUACAACUGAAAUCGGGUGCAAAAGGUGUGCUGUCGUUUAUCGCGCAAGCACGAGAUUGGGAGACGGAAGGUGAAUACAUACGAGCAAUUCAGUGCUAUAUGAAAGCUAAGGAGUCCGAUAUGGCCGAUGCUGAAAUGAUCGCAGGUGAUUUGGCAAUAAAAUUUCUCUCUGAUGACGAUGCUUCUGCGGUGAUAGAUGAAAUCGCGGAACGUUUCAUCAGUCUCAAAAGGUUCAAUGAAGCAGCAGACUUGUUUUUAGCUUCAAGUCGUCCAGACAGUGCUGUUAAAGCAUUCGUACUUGCUGGACAGUGGGCGAAAGCGAAGAAGGUGGCAGCAGAAUUUGUUCCUGAUAUGGUUGAAUUUGUGGAUGAGAGAUACAAGGAAUCACUGAAGAAUGAAGGUCGAUUAGGUGAACUGAUUGAUGUUGACGUGAUCAGUGCAAUCAGUGCGCUAAUUGAACAUGGACAAUGGGAAAAAGCUCUGGAAACAGCUCGUCAACAAAAAGUCCUGUUCUUUUGUUUUUUGAAUAAUUGUUUACCCGAAAAACACUUCGAUUAUUGUAGAAUUUGA